GAGGCGAUAGAGUCUUUUGGAACAUCGUUGAGUAAUUCUAUGGAUGAGUCGAAGAAGAAAUGACCGGGUGUAAACAUGGCGUCUGCCUUGGACGAUGAUGAGAUAUCAAGUGAUGAUUACUAUUCUCUUCUAAAUGUCCGGCGAGAGGCAACGCAGGAUGAACUGAAAGCUGCGUACAGGCGUCUGUGUAUGCUCUAUCACCCAGACAAACAUCGGGAUCCAGAACUAAAGCGACAAGCAGAGCAGCUCUUUAAUCUUGUACAUGAAGCUUAUGAAGUGCUCAGUGAGCCACAGGCACGAGCAAUCUAUGACGUGUAUGGCAAGCGUGGAUUGGAUGUGGAAGGAUGGGAGGUGGUGGAGAGGAAAAGAACUCCCGCAGAGAUCAGAGAGGAGUAUGAGCGGCUUCAAGUAGAGCGAGAGGAACGAAGACUGCAGCAAAGGACCAACCCAAAGGGAAUUAUUAGUGUGGGCAUUGAUGCCACAAACCUCUUUGAUCGUUAUGAAGAGGACUAUGGUGAAAUGGAUGAAGGAGGCAUCCCACAUGUGGAAAUCAACAAGAUGCACAUAUCACAAUCCAUAGAGGCCCCUCUUACCACAAAUGACACAGCCAUCUUAUCCGGUUCCUUGUCCACACACAAUGGAAACGGAGGCGGGACUAUUAACCUGGCCCUGAGGAAAGUCACCUCAGCUCAGGGUUGGGGGGAGAUAGAGCUUGGUGCCGGGGACACACAUGGACCUCUGUUUGGAAUGAAGGUGUUCCGCAAUUUGACACCUCGGUGCUUUGUGACAGGGCAAUGCGGGCUCCAGUUUUCAUCCCGAGGUGUGCGUCCUGGCAUCACCACAGUGCUGGCUCGUCACCUCGACAAGAACACAAUGGGCUACCUACAAUGGCGUUGGGGGAUCCAGUCGUCCAUGAACACCAGCGUAGUCAGAGACACCAAGAGCAGCCAUUUUACAUUCGCAGUGCAGCUUGGCAUUCAAAACACUUUCAUGAUGAUGAGCUACCAGUAUAAGUUCCAGGAUGAAGACCAGACGAAAAUUAAGGGCUCAAUAAAGUCUGGUUUCUUUGGAACCGUGGUAGAAUAUGGUGCUGAGAGGAAAAUCAGUCGACAUAGCGUUUUGGGGGCCACCGUCAGUGUAGGGGUGCCCCAAGGUGUAUCGCUUAAGGUCAAACUAAACCGAGCGAGCCAGACUUAUUUCUUUCCCAUUCACCUGACCGACCAACUUCUGCCAAGUGCUGUAUUUUACGCCACAGUUGGACCGCUGAUUGUCUACCUCGCCAUGCAGCAACUCGUUAUUCGGCCGUAUGUGCGAGCUCAGAAAGAACAAGACUUGGAGAAGCAGCGUGAGAGCUCAGCCUCUAACAUAGCCAAAAAGAAACAGGAGGCAGAGGCUGCGGUCUUGCUCAUGCAGGAGUCUGUGCGAAGGAUUAUUGAAGCUGAGGAAUCUCGAAUGGGUCUCAUCAUCCUCAAUGCCUGGUAUGGAAAAUUUGUGACUGACAACAGCCAAAAGCAUGAGAGGGCAAAGGUCAUCGAUGUGACUGUGCCGCUGCAGUGUCUUGUUAAAGACUCCAAACUAAUCCUGACUGAGGCCACAAAGUCAGGACUCCCGGGCUUCUACGACCCCUGCGUGGGAGAGGAGAAAAGUCUAAAGGUGCUGUAUCAGUUCCGCGGCGUCAUGCAUCAAGUCCUAUCAGGAGAUGCAGAACCACUCAGGAUACCAAAGCAAUCUCACAGGAUUGACACUGACACAUAGAGGUUCCUCUACUGACCAAAAAGAUACAUCUCUCAGCUGUUAGAAGAAUGGAGUAACCUUUGUUUUAGACAAAACAGGGAUAAAAGUGUUUGUCACUCAAAAGAAUUGCAUUUAUCUUUGGACGUUACAUUAUUCAGUCAAAUAUGCAGAGUCGAAGAAAGUAUGAAAGGACAGUAUCCACUGACAGGGUUGGGGCCUCAUUGAAAUGAAAUGUGACACCAAAAUCAAUGACGACCAUAUUUUUGUUAAGCCUCUGGGGGGUACCUUUAUUUUUGCUCAGGCUUGUCUUUUAUGAUACAGUUGCGUCUACCAAAUUGUACGCAAAUUGCAGUGCCUAUGUGAUUCAAAUCAUGAAUGCACCUGUUUGCCAUUAAAUAAAAAUCUGUCUCCCUCA